CCGCGUCGCGAUCCGAACCCAAACGUAAACAAACCAGGAAGAGGUGCUGCUGGUCGCUGGAUUGUCGCACUUUUGCGAAUUUCCAAGUUUAGUGAAUAAUAGUUUAGCAAAUAACACUAGCACCAGCGACAUGUUUUCGGAAAAGAUUCGACAGUUGACCGCUCUGCUCGAGAAGCAGGAACUUGAGGCGCCGAACGGGAUUGUCUCGAUUCAACUGUACUCGGAACUGUUUGCGGCCUAUCUCUACCAAAAUGAUCUCUGCAACGCCCGGUUCCUGUGGAAGCGGAUUCCCCAGAGUGCGAAAAACGGCCACGCCGAGCUGGAACAGAUGUACAAAGUUUACCAGUGCCUGUGGAACAACGACACGGCCGGUUUCUACAAAGUAAUCAACCACGACUGGUCCAAGCACGUGUCGGAGCUGAUGUUCGAGCUGAAGGAGAAGAUCCAGGCGGAAACGGUCAACCUGAUUGGCCGGGCGUACAGCUCGAUCUUCGAGAACGUGUUUGCCGAAAUGACCAACCAAACGCCGGACAUGAUCGACGAGAUGUGCCGAACGCUCAACUGGGAAAUUAUGCCAGGGGCGCAGCCGCGACUGAUCAUGCCGAAACAUCCUGCCGCGGAUAAACCGAUCGUGGUGAGCUCCGAAGACCAGCUGCAGAAGUUGACCGAUUUUGUUUCGUUCUUGGAGAAUUAAGCGGUUUCGAUGGCGGAGUGAUUUUCGGUUUAUUUUUCUCACACUUUUCCGGUCCGGUUUUGCUGCAGCAGCUGUGGCGGAAGCGUUUCUUCGAACAAUCGAUCGUAUAAAAACUACCUAAGCGUAAGAAGUCUCCUUUUUUAUUCCUGUAAAUUACUCGGUUUGAAAUAAAAUAUUGUUUGAAAUGAACGCAAAAUCGA